AUGGACACCAAAGACGCAGGAGUUCCUUUUGGCUCAGACCCAGAAGAGAAACAAAAACAGACCAAGUACAAGCUGCAGUGGAAGCUGAAGCUGGAGCUGCAGUCAAAGCCGAAGCUGAAGCUGGAGCCUCAGUCCAAGCGCCAGUCAGAGCCGUUGUCCACCCGGGACUCAGAUUCCCGGGAAGGAGAAGAGGCGGUGACACUCGGUGGGCAGCACAGACCAAUGGAGAGGCCCUCAGAAGCCUCCCAGAGUCCAGGCAGCACCUGGAAGGGGCUCCUGAUCAUCACAGCCUCCAUCUUCAGCUGCUGGAUCCAGCCAACAUCUGCUGAUGAUUUCAAUAUUAUACCAAACCCAUCUUAUGGGACAGUAGGCUUGAACAUCACCCUGAAUAUCCAGGGUCCAUCCUCUCCAGCCUCUACCAAUUUCCUCAUCAAGGCAUGGAGGAUACAGAUGUCCCGGAAUAACAAGGAACUCACUAUACGCAAUGUCAAUAGGAACGACAAAGGACCCUUUGUAUGUGAAAUCGGGAUCCCACUUAAUGUCAGUAAUCCAUACAUACUGAAUAUUGCCUAUGGCCCAGAUCCCCCCACGAUUGUCCCAACAUCAGAUCAUUACAAAGUGGUAGGGGAACAUAUUAAGUUGAUCUGUUCUGCUGUAUCUAACCCACCUGCUCAAUUCACCUGGAUUCACAAGGGAAAAACUUUGAGCAACUCGGCUACAUUCUCUGCUACUGCUUCCCUGAAUCACGCUGGAACCUAUACCUGUCAGGCAUUUAACUCAAUUACUCGCUUGAGGCGCACCAAAGACAAGACUCUUACAAUCUAUGGGCCACUAUCCAAACCUACCAUCAUCAGCUCUAACAUGGCCCCAGUGGAGAACAAGGACAAUUUCUCAUUGACAUGCCAGGCUACGGGUGUAGUAGUCACGUACCGGUGGUUCAUAGACCAACGUGCCCCAUCUGGUGACAGGAUACGGCUGUCCCGGGAUAACAGGACACUCACUAUACGCAGUAUGCCAAGAGAAGACAAAAGACCCUUUGUGUGUGAAAUCGUGAAUCCAAUUAGUCGCAAUAGGAGUGAUCCAUUCAUAGUGAAUGUUACCUAUGGCCCAGACACCGCCAUGAUUGCCCCUGCAGCUGAUCACUACAAUGUAGGGGAACGUAUUCAGUUGAGUUGUUCUGCUGUAUCUAACCCACCGGCCCAAUUCACUUGGAUUCACAAGGGAAAAACUUUGAGUAACUCAGCUACAUUCUCUGCUACUGCGUCCGUGAAUCACGCUGGAACCUAUACCUGUCAGGCAUUUAACUCAAUUUCUCGCUUGAGGCGCACCAAAGACAAGACUCUUACAAUCUAUGGACCACUAUCCAAACCUACCAUCAGCAGCUCCAAAAUGGCCCCAGUGGAGAACAAGGAUACUGUCUCAUUGACAUGCCAGGCUACAGGUGUAAUAGUCACAUACCAGUGGUUCAAAAACCUACGUGCCCCAUCUGGUGACAGGAUACAGCUGUCCUGGGAUAACAGGACACUCAUUAUAAACAAUAUCACAAGGGAAGACAAAGGACCUUAUGUGUGUGAAGUCAGGAACCCAUUUACCAGCAAUAGGAAUGAUCCAUACACACUGAAUGUUGCCUAUGGCCCCGAAACCCCCACAAUUAUCCCUACCAUAGAUGAAUACAAUGAAGGGGAACGUAUGGAAUUGAUCUGUUCUGCUGAAUCUAACCCACCUGCCCAAUUCACUUGGAUUCACAAUGGAAAAGUGUUGAGAAACUCAGCCACAUUCUCUGCUACUGCAUCCCUGAAUCAUGCUGGAACCUAUGCCUGUCAGGCAUUUAACUCAAUUACUGGUUUGAAGCGCACCAAAGACAAGACUCUUAUUAUCUAUGCGUUACUAUCCAUACCAAUCAUCAACAGCUCCAACAUGGCCCCAGUGGAGAACAAGGACAAUAUCUCAUUAACAUGCCAGGCUACGGAUAUAAAUCUCACAUACCGGUGGUUCAUAAACCAAAGAGCCCUAGUCGGUCACAGGAUACAAAUGUCCCCGGAUAACAGGACACUCAUUAUAAACACUAUCACAAGGAAAGACAAAGGACCCUAUGUGUGUGAAAUCGAGAACCCAGCUGGUAGAAGAAAGAGUGAUUCAUUCACACUGAAUGUUACCUAUGGCCCAGAUACCCCCACAAUUCUUCCAACAAUCAAUCAGUACCAUGUAGGGGCAAAUAUUAAUUUGGCCUGUUCUGCUGAAUCUAACCCACCUGCCCAAUUCACUUGGUUUCAUAAUCAAAAAAAGGUGAGCAAGUCAGCCACAUUCUCUGCUACUGCAUCCCUGGAUCAUGCUGGAACCUAUACCUGUUAUGCAUCUAACUCAUAUACUGGCUUAAAUAGCACCAAAAAGAAGUAUCUUACAAUCUCUGAAGACAAGAACUUUACAAUCUAUGCCGGAUUUACAAUCUAUGAGAACCUGAUGGAACCCAACAAAAAUAUCUAUAACUCCAACUUCAUCAUAGAGAACGGCACUGCGGUCUUGACCUGUGACACAGACAAUGGAUUUUUGCCAGGUAUUCGGUGGUACUUCCAAAACAAGAAACUGAUUCUAAAUGAAAGGAAGACUCUAUCUGACCAUGGCCAGACUUUCACCAUCAAGCCCGUCAAGAGGGAAGAUAUGGGAGCUUAUCAAUGUGAAAUCUGGAAUCCAUUCCUUGCCAAUAUAAGUGACUUAUUCAACCUGACUGUCGUCUAUGGACCUGAGCAGAUCACGAUUCUUCCACACUCUGUUAAUGGCCAGAUUGAGGUCAUAUUCAAGGAGAAUCUGACUUUAGAGUGUCGGGCUAGUUCUCUACCACCGGCCCAGUAUGCAUGGCAAGUGAAUGGUUCUUCUAUAUCUGGAAAUUCUGGAAACAAUUACACUAUCUCCCAAGCAUCUUGGGAAGACUCAGGAACGUAUAGGUGCAUGGCAAUGAACAAUGCAGCCAAUGCAACAAUCUCUACAAGCAUCACAGUCAGGGUGAUAGAUAAGAAGGCUCUUUCUGGAUGGGCCAUUGCUGGCUUUGUGAUUGGAGUCCUAGCUGGAGUGGCUCUCAUUGGUUGCCUGUUAUUCUGUUGCCUGUUAUUGAGAGAAUGUGCAGGACAGAAGAGCUCCAGCCCCGAAGAGAAAGAUCCCAGGCCUGUGGAGCAGGGCAAGCAGCCGCCACAGAGACAGAGACAGGCUCUGGGGCAGCCACACAGCCUGCAGCCUGGAGACCAGCAGGGACAGCUCCAGGGAGAGCCCCUCAGAGGAGACGCCUUGCUGGGGGGGAGAGCAGAGAUUCCCGGGAAGGAGAGAGGCGGUGACACUCGGUGGGCAGCACAGACCUAUGGAGAGGCCCUCAGAAGCCUCCCAGAGUCGGGGCAGCACCUGGAAGGGGCUCCUGAUCAUCACAGUUGCUGGAUCCAGCCAACGUCUGCUCAAGCUUUCAAUGUUGCACCAGACCCGGCCUAUGGGAGAGUAGGCGGCAAUGUCACCCUGAAUAUCCAGGGCUACAACGGGAGUACUUUGUCCUAUACUUGGCACUAUAAGUCAUCAGCUGAGAAUCCCAAAGACACUCAGAUCGCCGUGUACUAUCCUGGCAAGGAGAAAAAACAGACACCAGACAAUAUCCGGCAGAGGGUGCUCCAGAAUGGCUCCCUGCUCAUCCCAGACCUCAGCCUUAAUGAUGCUGGUUACUACACUCCAGGGAGCGGGAAGAAGCCCCAGCAUGACCCUCUCCCACAGGAAGUAUGUGAGGAGCUGAGACUCCCCGAACUCAGGGCUUCCUGCUUAGCAGCCACAGAGAGCCCAGGAGAGCUCAGAGGGCCCUGGCUGCAGAGGAACCAUGACCUGGAGGUGACGGGCCAGGGCCAUGUCCCAGAGGCAGAUGGACGAAUACUUCGGUCAGAGACUAUGACAUGGUCCAUCCUCUCCAGCCUCCACCAAUAUCCUCAACAAGGCAUGGAGUGGUACAUAAACCAAGAAGCCUCAGCUGAAAACAAUAACAAGAUACUCACUAUAUUCAAUGUCACAAGGAAAGACACAGGACCCUAUGAGUGUGAAAUCAAGACCGUAUCUGGUAGCAUUAAGAGUGAUCCAUUGACACUAAAUGUUAUCUAUGGCCCAGAUACCCCCACAAUAUACCCUAAAGAAGAUGAUGUCCGUAUAGGGUCAACUGUUUCUUUGACAUAUUCUGCUGAAUCAAACCCAUCUGCCCAUUACAAAUAG